CCUUGCUCAGAUACCCCGUAUCGUCGGAAGGAGUUCUGAAGGACGACGCCGGAGAGCGGGCACGCCGUGCACGACGGACCUUCGAGAAGGUGGCACUGUUUCUCCGCCGGGAGAGGCGAAUGUGGGCACCUGCCUUCUGCGGCUCGGGUGGGCUGCAGCGGCCUGGUGGUGCAGUGAGAGGGCAAAGGUUGGAAUGGGUGGAAAUCAUUGAACCUCGCACGCGGGAGCGCAUGUACGCCAACCUGAUCACGGGCGAGUGCGUGUGGGACCCUCCCGCCGGCGUCCGCAUCAAGCGCACCAACGAGAACCAGUGGUGGGAGCUCUUCGACCCCAACACCUCCCGUUUCUACUACUACAAUGCCACCACCCAACGGACGGUGUGGCACCGGCCGCAGAACUGCGACAUCAUCCCUCUGGCCAAGCUCCAGACGUUGAAGCAGAACACCGAGUCGCCUCGGGCCUCCACCGAGAACAGCCCCGGGCGCAGCACCAAUGUCAGCCGAGAAGGCAGCACCAGCUCCUCUCUGGAGCAGGAGCUGGAAGGCGGAGAGAAAGUCCCGGAGCAGAACCGGCCCAGCCGGCAGCCGACUCAGUUCGCCAUCGUUAAGGAAGAAGCAGAAAGCUCUUCGCCGCCUGGAGUUUUUGAAAAGGAAUACGAGCUCUACCGAGACUACGGCUCCGAUGGACAACGGUUUCACUACCGGGCAUCUUCUCUCCGGUGGAACACUGGGACGAAGGAACGGAUGCUGAUCAAGGUGACGGACCGCGAGCCCAGCUUCCUGAUGCACCAGGGUAACGGCUACACCCUUGACCAUCAGCAGGGCACCCGGUCGCGGAGGCCCUCAGGUGGCCAGCCGUCCCCCAACCUCCAAACCUUUGCCACCGAUUCCGACAACUCGGUCUUCUUCCCCGAGCGGAAGCAGUCGCCCUUCCUGAAACGGGCCGAUCAUGUGGGCAGCUGCUCCCCGCUGCUGGGCCGGGGGGACCCCUUCUGUUCCCCGAUGCAGGGCCAGCACCGUAAGCACUCCAGCGAAUCGCAGCCCUCCUCUCCGCGCUACGCCUACGAGCCGCCCUUGUACGAGGAGCCUCCCAUGGAGUACCAGGCUCCCAUCUACGACGAGCCACCGGUGGAUAUGCAGUUCGAGGCCAGCGGGAGUUACAAAGCGGGUUCUCCCCAAAAGUCCCCCAUCCGCAAACCCCACCCAUUCCUACAGUCACCCAAACAGGGCUCCAACUCCCCCUACCAGCAGCUGGUCUUGACCAAACAGAAGGGCUCGGACCGCUUUAUGAGCCUGGAGUACAGCCCGGCCGGCAAGGAGUACGUGCGGCAACUGGUGUAUGUGGAGCAGGUUGGGUCCAGCCCUACCAUGAAGAGUGCCCCCCGCCACAAAUACUCCCCCAACCCCAUCGGUGGCUCCUACUCGCUGCAGCACAGCCCCUGCCUGAUGCGGGACCAGCGCCUGGAGAUCAAAUCUGGAGAUUACAGCAGCAUGGAAGGCGCAGAUUUCCGGCACAGCCCUCCGGCCGUCAUGCCGUCGCAGGGGGAGGACUCCAUGUCCUGCUCCAGCCAGCAGAACACGUUGUCCUCCACAGGUUACUCCCCGGGCAGCCGCAAACGAAAGAGCCGGAAGCCCGCUUUUUCGUACGACCCCAACACGUCGUCCACCGACGGCUCCGGCGAGCGUGACGAAGGCAUGCCAGAGGACAGGCCUCUGUCCGGGUGCAGCCGGUCCCCGGGCGGGCGUCUGGACAGCCGGUCAAUGGAAGGUGAGUCCUGCAGGGCUUCAGCAGAGCCCUUCCUGGCUCAGGCCCGCCUGGCUUGGGAAGCACAGCAAGCCCACUACCAUAUGAAGCAGCGCAGCAGCUGGGACUCCCAGAAGGACGGUUCAGGGUACGAGAGCGAUGGGGCCGUGCCGCUGCCUAUGCCAGGUCCGGUGGUGCGCGCCUUCAGCGAGGACGAGGCUCUGGCCCAGCAGGACAACAAGCACUGGAAACGCAACCCGUUUGAGAAGUUGGCUUUUCCGCAGAUCCUGUUGGAGAAGAGCGUGUCCGUGCAGACAAAUUUGGCGUCGCCCGAGCCGUACUUGCAUCCGUCCCAGUCAGAAGAUCUUGGCGCCUGCGUCCAGUUUGAGAGCAGCCGCCAAAACCGGAACAUGAUGCCCAGCAACAGCUGCGUCUUCCCCACCUUCAACCUGAGGAAGCCCUCCUCGGAGACGGACAUUGAGAACUGGGCCUCCAAACACUUCAACAAGCACACCCAAGGUCUCUUCCGACGCAAGAUCUCCAUCGCCAACAUGCUGGCAUGGAGCAGCGAGUCCAUCAAGAAACCCAUGAUCAUGACCAGCGACCGCAACGUCAAGAAGGAAGCCUGUGAGAUAUUCAAGCUCAUCCAGAUGUACAUGGGCGACCGGCGGUCCAAGACAGACCAGCUCAACGUAGCUCUGGAGAUCGCCACCAAAGGAUGGAGUAUGCAAGGCCUCCGAGAUGAGCUCUACAUCCAGUUGUGCCGGCAGACCACCGAGAACUUCCGCUAUGAGAGUCUCGCCCAGGGUUGGGAGCUGAUGUCCAUCUGCCUGGCUUUUCCACCCACGCCCAAGUUCCAUUCCUACUUAGAGGGAUACAUCUACAGGCACAUGGACCCGGUGAACGACACCAAAGGGGUGGCGGUAAGCACUUACGCCAAGUAUUGUUACAGCAAGCUCCAGAAGGCAGCGUUGACUGGCGCCAAGAAGGGUCUGAAGAAGCCGAACAUCGAAGAGAUUCGUCACGCCAAGAAUGCCGUCUUCAACCCUUCCAUGUUUGGAAGCUCCCUGCAAGAAAUCAUGAACAUGCAGAAGGAGAGAUACCCGGAUCGCCAGCUCCCGUGGGUGCAGACCAGGCUAUCAGAAGAGGUGCUGGCACUCAACGGAGACCAGACCGAGGGCAUCUUCAGAGUUCCUGGGGACAUCGAUGAAGUCAACGCUCUCAAACUGCAGGUGGAUCAGUGGAAAAUCCCCACUGGCUUAGAAGACCCCCACGUUCCUGCCUCCUUGCUGAAGCUCUGGUAUCGCGAACUUGAGGAGCCUCUGAUCCCACACGAGUUUUACGAAGAGUGCAUCACCCACUACGAGAAUCCUGAAGCUGCCAUCGCCGUCGUCCACUCCCUGCCCAGGAUCAACAAAAUGGUGCUUUGCUACCUCAUCCGUUUCCUCCAGGUGUUCGUGCAGCCAGGUAAUGUGGCCAUCACCAAGAUGGACGUCAACAACCUUGCCAUGGUGAUGGCCCCCAACUGUCUGCGCUGCCAGUCGGACGACCCAAGGAUUAUUUUUGAAAACACCCGCAAGGAAAUGUCCUUCAUCCGGGUGCUCAUCCAGCACCUGGACACAGGCUUCAUGGAGGGAGUGCUAUAGCCCCUGUGCCAACAGGACCGGACCGCAGUUGGACAACCAUCACCUGGAUCUUCUCCCGUAUCCCGAAGUUAGUCAGUGAGAACCAUUUUUUUGAUGCAGCAGGAGAUGCCAACCUUGUGAAGCACCCGAAGAGAAAGCUGCGGGCCACUGACCUUGCCAUCUUGGCUAUGCCAACUUGGGCAUCUGAAGUUGCCCAGGAACCCCUUGGGGCCUGUGCGAUGGACAAAAUAUGGCUGCCUCUUAGCGGUCCCCUGACCAGGACUUCAUCAGGAGUGUCUACAUAAAUGGACAACCCAACACCAUUCGGGAGAACUCUGAACCAAGCUAGAAAAGCCAAGAGGCCUGUCUACCCCCCCAAAAUUAAGUCUGUCCUGUGGAAAUGGGGGCGCAGUACCUGGUUCGGGCAGCUGAGGGAACUUUUGAAUGGGUCAAUAGGGGUGGUUGGGGGGUCGAAUGUCCAAGAUGGUAGCUGAAUCCUUUUCAGACGAGUCGGAGGAAUGGGAGGUAACAAAGGUGAUAGGACGCAGAUCACAAAGACUGGCGUUGCGCGGAAAGUGAACUGGCCUCCCAGGAAGUCAGUUAGUCUGAUUGCUUCUGUGGAAGGGGAGGGGGUGCCAUCAGAUUGACCAUUGAGAACUCUAAGGUGUGGGGGGGGUGGCACCUCUGGAAGCCACGGACUAUCUGUUGGCGAGGCUCAAACACCGGCAGGCUUUUAAGAUUUGGGGAAGACCCCUCCCCCUUCCUUUUUCCUUCCUUGUUGUAGCACAGUCACUGCCAAAGGGGGCCAAGCCAUGCAGCCCCCCCCCACCGCAUCUCAACAUCUCAGUGCCCCACAAAAGGCCCUUGAAACAGGAGGGGAAUAACGAGAAGGGAGUUUCGUUCUGGUCACUCGUUUUUCUUGUCGGGCAGAAUUUUAUACACUGUGAUACAGAACCGGAGCACUUUCUUGACUUCUCCUUAAGUGAAAGGCAGAAAGGUUGAUGGUCGCAGCUCCCCAGUUGAGUGGUGGUGACGACAAGAAGUGGGGUGCCCCGAUUCUGGAGUUGUCCAUUCUCCCCCAACCUCAUCUCAACAUCCCUUCCUGCACUCAGUGCUUUGGUAUUAGAGAAGGUGGGUCCUGCUCGGCUUCCAGGAAGACCCUGUCCACAACCAAAUCCUUACGGCACCUUAAAUGAUAGACUUUGGCUGGAUCUGGGGCAUUCUCCACCAGGUUUCCAGACAUUUUUUUUUCUCCCCGAAGGAAGGAGCUAAGUUCUCUUCCAUAGGCCAGAAAUGCGAGAAGGCCAGCAGUAGUGGUGAGAAUAAACAUUCCCAUAAAGUGUCCUCUGUCCCAAAUGCUUAUACUUGGGUAUCUUGCACAUCCUUAUGGGGCAAAAAAAAAAGGUAUUUAGAGAUAGGGGUUAUGGGGUGGAAAGCAACAGCUAAAAAUGCUUUGCAUUGGCAACAUUUGAGCAUGUUUAACAUGCUCUAUGAACACGGGAGGUUGUUGCUCCCUGCCCAACCUUCUUCAAAAGGAGUGACCCUCAGUCUUUCACGUUUAUUUCUCAACUUCCACUGUUGAAAUCUGAUUUUGUUUUUUUCCAAGAAACAAAGCCAUCAGUUUCCCCAAGAUGAAAGAAAAUCAGAAAGUGCAACGAGUUGAACUUUACUUCUCCAUCCAUCCAUCCAUCCAUCCCAUCACAACGUAUGGGAGAUGUCUCUGUAUCUGUAGGAACAUGGCUUCUAUCCUGGAGCGGACAAUCUUUAUCUUGUGUUUGUGCAUCUAUGAGCAGAGAACCAGAAAGAGAUAGAGAUCAUCUAAGAGAAACUAGGUGGUCCUUGGAAGGGACAGUUGGUGGAGAACAUCUUGGGCUCUAACCAUGAUUCUGGCCUACAGGGGUAGAGAGUUCUGACACAGCAGGGAUCCUGUCCCACCACUUGUCUCUUGCUAUCCUGCCUUCCUGCUUUCUACAGUCUAUCAGACCCAUAUCAGCCCUAAGGCCCUCUCUCUCCACUUGACCAAAGGCCAGGAUGGUGGCCUUGAAGGUCUGUAGAGUUGGAUGAGCUGAUGUAGUGAGGGGCCUCCCACCAAGGCAAGUCCGCUUCUGGGAUAUUGUCGGCCGUGGUGGGGCUACCUCAACUCUGCCAUGCUACAUGUGUCUCACGUGCUGUGGUUUCUAGCAUCUUUCAGUGCUUUUAUUAGAGAAGGAUGCAAGAAUGCUCCUAGGGGUUGUUGGCUGCUCCUGGCCAACUGGAGGAGAGAGUCCCAUUCACCCCUUGGGUGCUAAACAGUUCUUGGAGGAGCUUGUGGUUUUCAGAGAAAGUGCCUUUUAUUCCAAAAGACCAGAGCCUCUCCUUCUUAAAAAGGAACAGCUCUCCAACUCUCUUACCUUGAGAUUAUUCCAGCUGCAGAGCGUUUACUCCUAAAUCGCAUCCUGUUGCAGGAUGAAGCAUAGAGGAGCUACCUAGCUGGGCAACUCAAGGUCACCUGCCAUCUUGUUUGUCCUUUGGGUUAGUUCUCAGCUCCCUUAAUCACCCAGCAGACACGGGAGGUGGAGAACAACGCAUGUGGCAGAAGUCAUGGAAGUGUUGACUUUCCCAAUUGGGACCAGUCCAGAAAAAGGUCGAGCUUAUAGGCUGGAAUGCAAGAUUUGGCACCGGGGCAGCCUUUGCGAUCAAUUUGGGGGGGGGGGGCUCCUCCACCCCAAUAAAAACUGGGAGUCCAGAUGGAUCUCCAAAUGGGAAAACCAGGGCCACCAGUCUUCCAGCCUGGAUCGUAACUCCUUCCAUUCCGGAAGCCCUUUCCCCGGCCUAGCAGCUCAGGUUCACCGCUGAUCUUUUCGGCUGGGGGAAUCCCUGCUUUGUUUGCACUUGGGGUCGGUGAGAAACAGCGCAGGAAAGAGAGAAGGACCAAAGACUCCGAGCCCGGUUUGCAAAGCCCUUGGCCCCUCUUUUUCCGACGGUCAUCGAUUUCGCACGAUCGGCUUAGAAAGUCUCUGGCCAAGAUGCCUUUUUUUUUUUUGUAAAUAGGAAGGAAACCUGCCUCUUUUUACAGCUGUUUGAGAAUCUGAGUGGGAUUUUUUUUGGGUGGUUCGGUCAGUCAAGAAAGAAUGAUGGUCAGGGCCUAGCUAUGAUUUUUGGGGAAUUUGCAGGGUAGACACAGGUCAAUCUGAUGCAGAUGACUGGAGAAUAACCUCGUCUUAACAGCAGGCACACAAUUUCUGUCCUUCUUGAGAGAAUUUAUUAUAUAGAGAAGUGUUUCUCAACCUUGUCUGCUUUAAGAUGAGUGGACUUCAACUCCCAGAAUUCCCCAGCCUGGGGAAUUCUGGGAAUUGAAGUCCACCCAUCUUAAAGUGGCUGUCAAGGUUGGGAAACACUGAUAAUAGAGAUUUUUUUCCCCCCUCCAAUCUGGUAUCCACCUCCAGCAGCAUUAGGACUGCAAUUCCCAGCACCCUGGCUGGGGAGGAUGGGAAUUGCAGUCUCAACCCAGCUGAAUUGGGGUGGGGGGGAGAGAUAUGGGUUUAGUCACGGGAAUGCGGUUACAAAGCUGUCACGGGAAUUACCGACGCGCUCCGUUGACUAACCACAGAACGGAGUUCCGAGUUGUAAAUAUCAUUCAUGCCAACUUUUAUUUUUUCUUCGUGCGUGAGAAGAAUGCUCUUUUUUUGUUAUUUAUUCGGUUGUUGCUUUCCAGCGUUUUGCCUCCCCUCUCCCCCCCACCUUUCAGAAAUAUAUUUAUUCCUGCUCUUGGGAAUGAAGCUUUCCGAUGACGAUUAAAGGGUUACACGCAGA